UGUGUGUUUGGGCAGGUUCCUUUCGGUUUCGGUGAAGGGUUAGGCAAGGAGUCAGCAGAGACCCCACGGAAGCGGGACCCAGCCUCGGGGAGGCUCUCAGUGUGCUGGAGCCCAAACUGGUGGCCAGCUGGGGCCAGAAAGCCAUCGCCGCCUUCCCGAGAGCGUAGACCUGCUGGAGAAGACGGGUCUGCGAGCAUCCACUCCUUCCUGCGAGGUAUCUGGCUUUGGGCCAGGCAGGAAACAGGAAGCCAGGCAGGGUAUAUUCAGCCUGGGAACUCCCCCUCGUAAAACCAGUCACCCAGCCCGGUUUUUGCAUGCCAGGCAACAAAGGGGCCGACUUUCACCUGCUUCCGCUCCCUGGACCGCCGUGAGAACCCCACGUCUUGCGCUUGAAAUAUGCCUUGAACUCUCUUUGUCAUAGAGGUUGCCCUCAUAAAACGCACCAGGUCACUGCAGGAAAACACCCUCCACUUAGAGCCCUGACCUGCCUGCGUUUUAUAGCUGGUGCUGACAGCCCUGGCCACUCUACUGAGAGGCCAUUGGAAGACAGAAAAAGAAGAGUUAAUCCAGAGCGUGCUGACCCAGGUCGCAGAGCAAUUCUCAAGAGCAUUUAAAAUCAACGAACUCAAAGCAGAAGUUGCAAACCACUUGGCCGUGCUCGAGAAGCGCGUGGAACUGGAAGGCCUGAAAGUGGUGGAGAUUGAGAAAUGCAAGAGUGACAUUAAAAAGAUGAGGGAGGAACUGGCAGCCAGAAGCAACAGGACCAGCUGCCCCUGCAAGUACAGUUUUUUGGACAGCAGCAAGAAGUUGACGCCUCGGCGGGAUGUCCCCACGUACCCCAAGUACCUGCUGUCCCCGGAGACCAUCGAGGCGCUGCGCAAGCCCACCUUCGACGUGUGGCUCUGGGAGCCCAACGAGAUGCUGAGCUGCCUGGAGCACAUGUACCAUGACCUCAGCCUGGUCAGAGACUUCAGCAUCAACCCCAUCACGCUCAAGAGGUGGCUGCUCUGCGUGCAGGACAACUACCGGCAGAACCCGUUCCACAACUUCCGGCACUGCUUCUGCGUGGCCCAGAUGAUGUACAGCAUGGUCUGGCUCUGCGGGCUCCAGGAGAAGUUUUCCCAGAUGGACAUCCUGAUCCUGAUGACCGCAGCCGUCUGCCACGACCUGGACCACCCAGGAUACAACAACACGUACCAGAUCAACGCCCGCACAGAGCUGGCCGUCCGCUACAACGACAUCUCGCCCCUGGAGAACCACCACUGCGCCGUGGCCUUCCAGAUCCUCGCCCAGCCCGAGUGCAACAUCUUCUCCAACGUGCAGCCGGACGGGUUCAAGCAGAUCAGACAGGGGAUGAUCACGUUAAUCCUGGCCACUGACAUGGCGCGGCAUGCAGAAAUCAUGGAUUCCUUCAAAGAAAAAAUGGAGAAUUUCGACUACAGCAAUGAGGAGCACAUGACCCUUCUGAAGAUGAUCUUGAUAAAAUGCUGCGACAUCUCCAACGAGGUGCGUCCGACAGAAGUCGCGGAGCCCUGGGUGGACUGCUUGCUGGAGGAGUACUUCAUGCAGAGCGACCGAGAGAAGUCGGAAGGCCUUCCCGUGGCCCCUUUCAUGGACCGGGACAAAGUGACCAAAGCCACAGCCCAAAUCGGGUUCAUCAAGUUCGUCCUCAUCCCAAUGUUUGAGACAGUGGCCAAGCUCUUCCCCGUGGUGGAGCAGAGCAUGCUGAAGCCCCUGUGGGAGUCCAGAGACCGCUACGAGGAGCUGAAGCAACUAGAUGACGCCAAGACCUCAGAGACGACCGAGAGCCGGCCGGGUGGGGGCCCCGACAAGCCGAGGGAGAAGAGCAGAGACGCGAAAAAAAGCGAAGCAGACCGUGCCUGACGGAAGCGGGAGCGCCCGUGGGCGUCCGGGGCCGGGCCGCCCCACCAACCAGCGAGGCCUUCGCCCGGAGAAGAGCUGAUCCUGACCCCCUGGCACCCCACGACCACGUUUUUUAAGAACCACUUUGUUCACUGACAACAA